AGUCGAGCCGAGAUCCUAAACACACACACACGCUCACACGCACACUCCCGUCCCCCGCCUGUCACGCACAGCGGACUCAGACCUUCCCGGAUCACAGACUCUUCUGCUUCCUGUUGGAGACGCUAAGCUCCGUCCACACACACAACAGCCAUGGCAGAAGAUGCAGACAUGCGCAAUGAGCUGUCGGACAUGCAGCAGCGUGCUGACCAGCUGGGCGAUGAGUCCCUGGAAAGCACUCGCCGUAUGCUCCAGCUGGUGGAAGAGAGCAAAGAUGCCGGCAUCAGAACUCUGGUCAUGCUCGACGAGCAAGGAGAACAAUUGGAACGCAUCGAAGAGGGCAUGGACCAGAUCAAUAAGGACAUGAAGGAUGCAGAGAAGAAUUUGAACGAUCUAGGGAAGUUCUGUGGUCUGUGCUCCUGCCCCUGUAACAAGAUGAAGAGCGGCGGCAGCAAAGCGUGGGGGAACAACCAGGACGGCGUGGUGGCCAGCCAGCCGGCCCGCGUGGUGGACGAGCGCGAGCAGAUGGCCAUCAGCGGAGGAUUCAUCCGCAGGGUAACAGAGGACGCCCGGGAGAACGAGAUGGACGAGAACCUGGAGCAGGUGGGCGGGAUCAUUGGGAACCUGCGUCACAUGGCGCUGGACAUGGGCAACGAGAUCGACACGCAGAACCGCCAGAUAGACCGCAUCAUGGACAAGGCCGACUCCAACAAGACCAGGAUCGACGAGGCCAACCAGCGCGCCACAAAGAUGCUGGGCAGUGGCUAGACUCCCAGCAUGCACCCUGGCGUGGCGUUGGGGGUCUGCGUACGCGCCGCCCCCCCUCGUAAACGCGCUCAGACAUGCUUUCAUCAUGGUAUUGACCUCCUGGUUUGCACACAUGCACAUAUCACCCCUCCCCAGCCCCGACCCCUGACCCCAACCUGAACCCUGACAGUAACCCAACCCUAACCCUGACCCUAAACCCAACCCCAACGCCCCCUUAACCCCUGACCCUAACUUGACCCCUGUUAACGUUGUUCUGUGUCGUCUGUCUGGCUUUUUUCAAGAUGGUUGUCCUGGUAACAAGAUUUCUUAUGCUCGGUAUUUCCUUCUUUCCAAAGGUUGUAUAUAGUGUUGACUCGAUGGUUUUUAAUUCUCUCUACUGAAACAUAUAUAUAUAGAUAUAUAUAGAUAUAUAUACCAUAUAUUAUACUAUAUCCAUAUAUAUAUCAUAUAUAGCACACUGUUCUGGAUGAGCUGUACCUGAAUGAUUGAACGGUUUGCUUGGGUUCUUUUCUGUAUGGUCUUCGUAACGCUGUUUCCAUUUAGCUGCUGUCAUCUUCCUUAGUUACAGUCGGCAUGGGAGAGAGGGGGGGGGGGGUCUCGCUUCUCGUUCAGCGGGGGGCGAGUCAGUCGAUGUGGGGGCAGGGCUGAAAGUAGCCCUCGACCAAUCAGAAGGCCCCAUCCUCGCUCAUGUUAGCUAGCCUUUGUAUCUGUGUUAGACAUUGCAUUCCAAGUAACGUGGCCUGUGUGUUCUGCAUGACCAACGGUAGAUUAUUAAAGUCUUAUCAAUAAAACAUGUGGGGAAAAGGGUGUGUGUAAAAACAGCUCGCUAACAUGGCAGUGUGGAGGAAAGGCAUGUUCAGUAUUAUCGUCUCCCUCCAUAACCCACCGGCCACCAACGUGGCCCCGUGUAGCCAGCCGGCCAUCUUGUUGAGGAGGAGGAGGAGGAGCAGGAGGAGGAGGAGGAGAGCGAGGGGUUUUCUAAGAGCGCGCGUCCGGUUCUCCGUCGUAGGGUUAGGACGCGGAACCGGAAUGAGGAAGAACGGAAAAACAAAACGUUUGCAGUGUAAAGCGAAGACGCAUAUUUCUGGGAGACCUUACUUUUAUAAGAAGACAGCACCCGUUAGCUGACUCCUCAUGUGUGCUUUGUUAUCAGUAAUAAAAAAAUAUGAGUAAUACGAGUAAAUAACAGCGAUACCUAUUAUACUCUGGAACAAAACAUGAUUAAGGGUUCUGCUGUUUGUGUACUUUAGAGCCAUGCACCGACUGGCCGCUGUAGUUAGAACCCAACGACUGGCCGGCUGCCACUGGCCGUCCUCAACGCAUGUAAACUCCUCCGUGUUCCGUCCCUGUGCCGUGGUGGACUUUUUGUAGCUAGCUGAAUUGAUUAAAGUUAUGAACCCUU